AUGGAUGACGAUUACGAUUCGGGUGAUGACCUCUUUGAUGGGGUUGACCCCGACCAACUUGCGACAUCUCAAAAAAGAACGCGCGAAGCACACAGCAAUGACGAGCUGCAGGAAGCGAAACGCGUCAAAAUCACCAGCUCGGGUACAGAAGUCGGCGAACUUAUAGACCUUGCCCGCUCAAUUCUCCAUGAAAAAUUCGGACACGACAGUUUUCGCCAUGAGCAAGAGAAAGCUAUCGACGCUAUUCUCAAUGGCCACAAUGCGCUGACUAUAUUUCCGACUGGCGGCGGCAAGUCGCUCUGCUACCAGAUUCCUGCGGUAGCGUUCGAAGAGAUGGACAAGCAAAGCAAUGUCGAGAGGGACUUCGGAUCUGGGAUUACCAUUGUUGUGUCGCCAUUGAUCGCCCUCAUGAAGGAUCAGACCGAUGCCCUCAAGGCCAAGGGCAUCGCCGCCGAGUGCUCUGACUCGACAAAAACCUACGAGGAAAACCAGCAGAUACACGCUGAUAUCCAUUCAGGUAGACUGCGUCUUCUGUACUGCUCGCCAGAGAAGCUCAACAACGAAGCCUUCGUGGCCAGCAUAAAGCACGUUCCCGGAGGCAUUAGACUUAUUGCCGUGGAUGAAGCGCACUGUAUCUCUGAGUGGGGCGCGUCUUUUCGGCCGGAGUAUUUGAAAGUGGCCCGGUUCACAAAGGAAAUCAAAGCCGAGAGAGUUAUUUGUCUAACUGCGACUGCGACGCCACGGGUUAUGGACGACAUUUGCCAGGCCUUUGCGAUCGACAAGCCUUUUGUCUUCCGCACCUCUCCCUACCGGUCUAAUCUUCAGCUCCUUGCAGAAAGCACCCUAACCAAGCAGGACAAAUACCCCAAGCUAUUCCAAUUUCUCAAUGACCACCCUGGACCGACUCUGGUCUACGUAACGCUACAGAAGCAGGCUGAAGACAUGGCCAGAGACCUCACUAAGCAAGGCUUUGAGGCCGAAGCCUUUCAUGCUGGCAUGGAUGCAAAGAAGAAAGCUAAAAUACAGGAGCGCUUCAUGGCUUCCAAGCUUCGCAUUGUAGUUGCCACAAUUGCGUUUGGCAUGGGUGUUGACAAAUCUAAUAUUCGCAACAUCGUCAAUUGGGAUCUCCCCUCGACGGUUGAGGAAUACAGUCAACAAGUUGGUCGCGCUGGUCGUGAUGGCCUGCCUAGUACGUGCUUGAUGUACGUCUGCCCGGAUGAUUUCUAUAUUCGAGAGAACUUUGCCCGUGGCGAUCUUCCAUCAAAGCUAGCAGUGCGAGCUGCGCUGGAAGAUGUUUUUACAUCUGAGGUUAGUCAUGAGUUUGAAGGCAAUGUUCUCAAGUUAGGACACUCGGAGCUGUCCAGAACCCACGACAUCAGAAUGAGUCCUCUUGCCGUGUUAUUUGCUACAUUGGAGCUUCGUUUCGGUCUACUAAGAGCUAUUACGCCGGAAUACACGUCGUGGAAAUUCAAAGACAGGGGUGCCUAUGUUCCAAUUUCUCAGCAAGACAGAUCGCCCGCUGCCAAGGCGAUCGUCAGCUACUCGAAGAAAGCUCUCACUCUCUACCACUUUAAUCCCAAAGAAGCCAUGGCCGCCACUGGUAUUCUCCGCUCAGAUUUGAUGAACAAGAUCAAUGAGUGGCAUAAUCGAGGAGCCAUCGAAUUAAAUGCUUCCGGUGUCGUCAAUCGGUAUCGUAUCUUGGAUCAGCUUCCGUCCAAUGACGUCGAAAUCGAUGCGUUGACCGAGGAGCUCUACGCAGAUAUGCAAAAUCGCGAGAAGGACGCACUCAAUCGCAUGCAACAGGUUGUCAACCUAGUUACCGGACGCCAGUGCUUUGCAUUUGCUUUGGCGGAGCACUUUGGCAUGGGCCUUCCUUCAGGGAAGAAUAGUUGUGGCCACUGCACCUUUUGCAUGACAAAACAGCCUGUGAUCCUUCCAAACAAAACGAUACCACCUGUUGAUUUCGAGGGAAUCAAGGAAGUACUUGCAGCUUGUGAUGUACGUGAUGAUCCUCGGUUCUUGGCCCGAGUGGCAUUCGGAAUCAAGAGUCCAAGGGUAACAUCGCUCAAACUUGCCAACAACCCCGUCUUCGGAUCACUUAUUGAGCAACCAUUCGACUCCCUGCUCAAAGAGUUUGAGCAUGCUUGCAAAUCCGCGCAGUACGGCGCGUUCCAAAAAAGCUCUCAACAGCCCGCCAAAUCGGGUUCACAGAAGAAGGCCAAGUCAUCAUAUAGUGCUCCUUCAAAUUCUUCAUCCAGAGGAAGUAGAGGCAAAAGUUACACGUCCCGCGGUUCAUACGGCAACACUCAAGGCUCACAUGGCAAGUCGUACUAA